AUGAGUCCGCGGUGUCAAUUUCAAGUGUUGGAUAGAGUGGAGAAUCUAAUAGAUAGGGAGAAAGGCUCUUGGGAUGCAGACUUGGUGAAGAGCAAUUUUGUUGCUCAUGAGGCAGAAAUCAUUUUAAGUAUCCCUAUUAGUAGCACUCUCCCUGAGGACUCUCGGGUUUGGGCAGGAACAAGGAAUGGUUUUUUUACUGUUAGAAGUGCCUAUGAAGUGGCUUUCAAUCUCAUUAAGGAAGGAAAAAAGCAAGUGGCAUUAGGGGAAAGCUCAGACAGAUCAAAAAUGAAGUUUUUUGGAAGUUUAUUUGGAAGUUGGAGUGCCCGAAUAAGUUGUGGGUUAUGUGGGCUUCGUGAAACCUCGGGUCAUGCUCUUUGGGGAUGCAAGUUUGCUUCUGAGGUAUGGAAAAAUGGGGGUCUGCCAACAAGAGUUAGAGACCAGCUUCGGUACUCAAAUGAAUUCAUAGAUGUUGUGUGGAGGCUGAAAGAGGAUAAGUGUAUCCAAGACUGGGAGUGGUAUGCAAUCACGGCAUGGAAGAUAUGGAAUAACAGGAACUCUUUCAAGCAUGAAGGCCUGUGUAAACAGCCAAAGCAAAUUGCAGUGGAAGCCCGAAAUUACACUGAGGAAUGCAGACAGAGUGAUCCUACACCUAAAGGAAUUCAGGUUCGAACCAAAACUUGCUGGCAACCGCCAAGGGCUGGUUGGUAUAAAGUCAACGUGGAUGGAGCCAUUUUCAAGGAUGCUAGUUGCUGCGGUGUUGGAGUCGUGAUCAGGAAUGAAAAAGAGAUUGAAGCAAAGGCUAUGGAGGAAGGCAUUCAGUUGGCAAAAGAUCUUAGUCUUAAGGAGAUCAUCAUUGAAGGAGAUGCAAAGCAGGUGGUGAUGGCCAUUUCCGAUUCUUCCUCGGCCCCAAGCUCGAUCAAGAAGGUGAUUGAGGGAAUGCGUCUCUGUUUGCUGCAUUUUAAUUACUGGACGGCUUCCCAUGUUGGCAGAAAUGGAAACAUGGUUGCGCACCAGUUAGCCAAGCAUGCUUUGUUUGAGGAUGAAUGUACUGUUUGGGUGGAAGAUACCCCCCUUUUUGUAUCAAAUCAGGUUCUUAUGGAUGUAAUCUCUAUGGAUAAUUGUCCAAAUCAAUGA